GCCGCCCCGGGAGGAGCGGGCGCGGGGGGCCCAUGGGGCCCUGGCGGCCGUGAGCGCUCGGCACAGCACAGUACAGCACAGUACAGCACAGCACAGCGGCAGCCCCGCGGAGCCAUGGACGGACACGCGGCUCCGGGCGCGGGCGGUGAGGAGGCGCUGGGCUCCGGCAGGAUGAACGCGAAGCGCGGCGGGCGCGCCGCGGAAGAGGAGAGCCGGAACAAGCCCAAGCUGAAUAUUCAAAUAAAAACUUUGGCAGAUGAUGUGCGUGACAGAAUCACAAGCUUCAGAAAAUCAGCAGUGAAGAGAGAGAAGCUUCUCAUCCAGCAUCCUAUUGACUCCCAGCCUUCCAUCAGCGAGAUCCCACACGCCCAGGCACUUGUUGAUGAGCGCUGCAUGAACUUAUCAGAGAAAGAAGUCAUGGAUCUCUUUGAAAAAAUGAUGGAAGACAUGAACCUGAAUGAGGAACGUAAAGCUCCGUUACGAGACAAGGACUUGAGCACGAAACGGGAGAUGGUCGUCCAGUACAUUUCUGCAACUGCCAAAUCCAUAGUCGGAAGUAAAGUUCCGGGUGGACUAAAAAACAGCAAGCACGAAUGUACCCUGUCCUCACAAGAAUAUAUCCAUGAACUGAGAUCUGGAAUUUCAGAUGAAAAACUUCUUAAUUGCCUGGAGUCUUUGAGAGUGUCUCUAACCAGCAAUCCAGUCAGCUGGGUUAAUAAUUUUGGACAUGAAGGUCUUGGACUUCUGUUGGAUGCAUUGGAAAAGCUCCUGGACAAGAAACAGCAAGAAAGUAUUGAUAAGAAGAAUCAACAUAAACUUAUCCAGUGCCUCAAAGCAUUUAUGAACAAUAAAUACGGUUUGCAAAGGAUUUUAGGAGAUGAAAGAAGUCUCCUGCUGCUGUCAAGAGCAAUUGAUCCAAAGCAACCACACAUGAUGACUGAGACAGUGAAAAUACUUUCUGCCAUCUGCAUUGUUGGAGAGGAAAACAUUCUGGACAAGCUUUUAGGUGCUAUAACAACUGCUGCUGAGAGGCACAGCAGGGAGGAGCGUUUCUCCCAGAUCGUGGAAGGCCUGGAGAACCACGAGUUCAUACAGCUACAGGUAGCAUGUAUGCAGCUCAUCAACGCCCUUGUUACAUCCCCUGAGGAUCUUGAUUUCAGGAUACACUUGAGAAAUGAGUUUUUACGUUGUGGCCUGAAGAAAAUAUUGCCUGCCUUGAAAGAUAAGGAAAAUGACGAGCUUGAUAUUCAGCUGAGGGUGUUUGAUGAGAACAAAGAUGAAGACCACUUUGAACUGUCACAUCGUCUCAACGAUAUCAAAGCUGAAAUGGAUGAUGUGAGCGAAGUAUUUCAUCUGCUGUAUAAUAUGGUGAAAGAUACUUCUUCUGAAAAUUACUUCUUGUCAAUUCUGCAACAUUUCCUCCUGAUCAGGAAUGAUUACUAUGUCCGACCUCAGUAUUACAAGAUCAUAGAAGAAUGUGUGUCACAGAUAGUGCUGCACUGCAGUGGCAUGGACCCAGAUUUCAAAUACAGAGGAAGGAUGGACAUUAAUUUUACACAUCUUAUUGAUGCAUGUGUGGACAAAGCUAAAGUAGAAGAGAGUGAAAAGAAAGCAGCAGAAUUUUCUAGAAAGUUUGAUGAAGAGUUCACAGCUCGACAAGAGGCACAAGCAGAGCUGCAGAAAAGAGAAGAGAAAAUCAAAGAACUCGAAUCAGAAGUCAAACAGCUCCGGACCCAGGGUCCAGGCCUGACAGAAGUCCCAGCAAUACCUCCAGCCCUCCCAAGUGAGAAUGCCCUGCCAUCUCCAGCGCCUUCACUCCCUGGUGGAGCCAUCCCUCCUCCACCUCCCCUCCCUGGUGGAGGAGCCAUCCCUCCUCCACCUCCCCUUCCCGGUGGAACAGCAAUUCCUCCUCCUCCUCCCCUGCCAGGUGGACCCACAAUUCCUCCUCCUCCUCCCCUGCCAGGUGGAGCAGUAAUUCCUCCCCCACCUCCAUUACCUGGUGCCUCGCUUCCUCCACCGCCGCCUCCUCUGCCUGGGGGAGCCAUCCCACCUCCCCCUCCCCUGCCUGGUGUGCCCCCAGCACCUCCUCUGCCUGGGGGAGCAGGGCCUCCUCCUCCUCCUCCUCUUCCUGGGGGAGCAGGGCCUCCUCCUCCUCCUCCUCUUCCUGGGGGAGCAGGGCCUCCUCCUCCUCCUCCUCUGCCUGGGGGAGCAGUCCCUCCACCGCCGCCUUUUGGGGGGCCCCCGAUGCCCCCCCCUCUCGGAGGGGUCCCCUUUGCUCCCUUCCCCAUGGUGCCAGCCUUGCCACACGGGAUGAAGGAGAAGAAGAAGUAUAAGCUGGAAGUGUCGAUGAAGAGGAUCAACUGGUCAAAGAUUGAGCCUCAAGAAAUAGGAGAAAACAGCUUUUGGGUAAAAGCUGAAGAAGAUAAAUUUGAAGACCCAGAGCUGUUUGCAAAAUUGGCGCUUACCUUUGGAACCCAAAUGAAAGCCAAAAAGCCUGUCGAAGAAUCAGAAGAAAAGAAAGCAGCUCAGUCAAAGAAGAAGAUCAAAGAAUUACGAGUUUUGGAUGGAAAAUCUGCACAAAAUUUAUCAAUAUUUUUGGGUUCCUUCCGUUUGCCUUAUGAAGAAAUAAAAAAUAUCAUUUUAGAGGUUGAUGAGGAGAAGCUGAGUGAAUCCUUGAUUCAGAACCUGGUGAAGAAUCUUCCUGAGCAGAAAGAACUCAAUGCCUUAGCUGAAUUAAAGGAUGAAUAUAAUGAUCUUGCUGAGCCAGAGCAGUUUGGAGUUGUGAUGAGCUCAGUGAAGAUGCUGCGGGCGCGGCUCAACGGGAUCCUGUUCCGGCUGAUGUUCGAGGAGCACGUGAACAACAUCAAACCCGACAUCAUGGCAGUGACCCUGGCCUGCGAGGAGCUCAAGAAGAGUGAAAGCUUCAGCAAGCUCCUGGAGCUGGUGCUGUUCCUGGGGAACUACAUGAACUCUGGCUCCAGAAACGCACAAUCCCUUGGCUUCAACAUCAGCUUUCUCUGCAAGAUUAGAGACACAAAAUCAUCAGACCAGAAAACCACCCUGUUGCAUUUCCUGGCAGAAAUCUGUGAGGAGAAUUACCGGGACAUCUUAAAAUUUCCAGAUGAAUUGCAGCACGUGGAGAGUGCAAGCAAAGUUUCAGCCCAGACUCUGAAGAGCAACCUGGAUUCGAUGAACCAGCAGAUCCAGCGCCUGGAGAAGGACAUCGAGAACUUCCCAAAAACACAGGACGAGCACGAUAAGUUUGUAGAGAAGAUGAGCAGCUUUGCUGAGAGUGCCCGAGAGCAAUAUGAGAAACUGUCCAACAUGCACAACAACAUGACAAAAUUGUAUGAAAAUUUGGGAGAAUACUUCACCUUUGAUCCCAAAGCAAUAAGCAUAGAAGAAUUCUUUGGCGAUCUGAGCAACUUCAGAACUCUGUUUCUGGAGGCAUUAAAAGAAAACAACAAAAGAAGAGAAUUGGAGGAGAAAACCAAGAGAGCCAAGCUGGCCAAGGAGAAGGCAGAGCGCGAGAGGCUGGAGAGACAGAAGAAGAAGCAGCAGUUGAUUGAUAUGAACAAAGAGGGUGACGAGACAGGAGUGAUGGACAGUCUGCUGGAGGCCUUGCAGUCGGGAGCGGCUUUCAGAGACCGCAGGAAACGAACGCCGCGAGCGCAAGAUAACAAACGAGUAACUUUGGAAAGGUCUCGUUCUCGGCACAACGGAGCAAUUGCAGCUGUAUGAUUCUUCUGAUGCCAAAGAAUUAAUGAAUUGUUUUAUUUACAAUGAAAUGGAUGUGCUUUGGGAAGAGUUUAUCAUCCAAAUUGGCAAUGAUCAAAAAGGAAUACUGGUAUUGAUUAAAUGAGAUGGUGUAAAAAUAUGUAAUUUUGAAGCUGUUGCUAAAAAAAGAUCCACAUACUGUAUCUUAUUACCCCAACUACCAAGAUCUGUAAACAGUGUUAAACAGUAGGGUAUAUAUCUUAUUUUCUUAUGUUCUUUCUUUUCUUUUUUUUUUCCCCACCCUUUUUGUUUAAGCUGGCAACUCACAUGGAAAGGAGUUGGGGAUUUCUAGGUUAUGUUUUAUAUGGGUAAGAAAAUACAGUUUUGUUGAAAGAGUACAGCUGUGGAUUCCAUUUGCAGUUCUGAUUUGAACAUGAAAGGAAAAAUAAUAAAAUUGUACGUUAAUAAAUGCAGAGAUGAGCUGGUCUACAUUAUCAGAAUCUUUUUUGUAACCAUAAAAAAACAACACAUAGCCCCAGUCAGGUUGCUGAAAACCUUAUCUCGGUGUAAAGCCUGGUGGAUUCAGCUGUUUGAGCUGCCAGUAGGAUACACCACAUAUCCACAUGGUGAUAUGAUGAUGUGUAGUUACUUAUCACUGCUGAAAAUAAUAAAAAAAAAAAAAAUAAAAAUUAAAUGAAACAGAGCAUAGGAUUUUUCCAAAAUGAUGUCAAGGGCAGAAUGUGUUUUUAAUUGUAUCUAAGGAGGGAUUUUUCUAAUUGUGCACUUAUAUAUUCUUUAUAAAGAUAUUUGGGGAAAGUAUGAUUGUCCUAUUUUGAUGAUGCUAACAUAGCUGUGUGUAGGUUUGUAGAGACAAGCUGCACCAUGAAAUGUUUCAGAGCUGCCUCUGAGUUUUCCCUCUGUUUCUCAGGUAAAACACGCAGCGGGGUCUCCACUGGUGGAUUUUAGUGCUGAGAGUUUAGCAGCUAGCAGCACAUUUCCUACCUGGAGCACUGCCUGGCAGUGACCAAGUCUGAUUUUUGGGAAGUUCCUCCCAGUUUUGUGUCCAGGCCCUUGCACUGCAGCUGCCCCUGUUUGUUGUGCACUCCCUGGGGAGCCACUGUCCCCUUUGUCCCCAGGGGAGUGUCCAGCCUGCCUGGGCUCAGCCCCAUCCUGGCCCCAAAGGGCCCUUGCUUGCCUGGAUGGGAUGGAGGAUUUGAAGUGGAAUUCCAGUGGAAUUCAGCAUAAGUUGCUGAGCUAUGAUGUUUUUAAAGAAUCAGGAUGCUCUGUGGUAGCUGGCACUUGUUCUCACAUUAUUGAUGCUUAUCACUGAUUGAUGAAAUUAUUAUGGAUGCUUUUACUGCCUGGUGUUAUGGGGAACUUGGGGGUUUUUUAUUGUCUGUAAAAGCUGUUUGGAAGGUGAGGUGUCCCAUGGUUUCUGUGCACAAACUGCUUGCUCUGGAGGGACUUUGGGGCAGUGGAUCUUUGCACUACUGCUUGAGCCAAGCAUCUUUGUACAGUAGAUUCUUUUUGCUUCUCUGGUGAGAUCCUCUUAAAACUAUCAGACUAGUUUGAGAUAAAUUCUCACAAUUGUAAACUGCAUAUUGUAAGAGAAGAUACAGCUCCUUUUCAAUCUAGUGUUGAAUUUUAAUUUUUGGUUUUAUUUCAAAACUUGUCUAAAAAGAAUCCAGGGGGUUUGCCCAUAGCUCUAAACAUAGGAAUACCACUGAAGCCUGGUGAAAUGCUUGCUGUUAACUAAAUAUUCUCCCUAAAAUGUUUGGGAGUUUUUGUAACAAACUGAAGUGUUGUAUGGUACUUCAGGAAAAGAAAGAUAAAAAAAAAAAAAAAAGAUAAAAAAAAA